UUUGAUUGUUGUUUGUUACUUCUAGGCCAUGAGAGUCGCAGAUUUUAUAGUUAAAGAGCCCAUGGUAAUUGGGCAUGAGUGUGCUGGGAUCAUAGAGGAAUUUGGGAGUGAGGUGAAGCAUCUGGUGCCUGGUGACCCCGUGUGGCACUAGAGCCCAGUAUCAGAUGCUGGAGGUGUGAAUCUUGCAAAGAAAUAAAAUCUAUGCCAGGAUAUGAAGUUUUUCGCCACUCCACUAGUUUUUGGUUCACUGGCAAACCAGGUUGUCCAUCCUGCAGACCUGUGUUUUAAACUGCCAGGGAAUGUGAGUUUGGAAGAAGGGGCAAUGUGUGAGCCCUUGAGUGUUGGUGUUCAUGCCUGUCGCCGAGCUAAUGUUGGUCCAGAAACAAAUGUUUUGGUUAUGGGAGCAGGACCCAUAGGGCUUGUUACACUGCUAGCUGCUCGUGCUUUUGGGGCACCGAGAAUUGUCAUUGCAAACGUGGAUGACUAUCGUUUAUCAGUUGCAAAGACUCUAGGUGCAGAUGAGAUAGUGAAAGUUUCAACAAACAUCCAGGUUUCUUUAUGAUAUGUCCUAAAUUCACUACCAUGAUCCGGACUGCAAUCUUGAUUGUCACUUUUUUUUAAUAUUGAUUUCACCAUGCCUGAGAAUGGCUAAAUAUUUCUGAUUUCUUAAAAUUAAUCAUGCACUGGUAACCUGGAAGUUCUCUAAUUGACUUUGAAAAGUGUACUUUUUAACC